GCGCGCCACUACCAUCCUGUUUUUUGUGACCAGACAACCUUUGUCAAAACCUCUUUAAACCCGCGUACAAUACCACCAGAACGAAACCCUAAUGAUCCAGUCCCAGUACCUAUUUCGACCGUUGCAAACCCUAGUUCAAUAUCCCUAAUUGCAUUGAAGCCUCGCCGAAUACUUCUUGCGGAGUGAUAGAGGAAAAACUCAGUAAGGCACAAUCCAAUGGCAAAGAAUGGGACCGAAAACAAGGCCCAAUUGAAGCCCGAACAGAAGUCUCUUCUUUUCUACUCAUUCGCUCUCUGCCUCGGAAGUUAUGGCUUCUCCAAAACCCUCAAAAGAUUUCUCUCCGAAGCUCGAAUUAAGGAUGAUGAAAGGAAAAGUUUGAAUUUAUUAGCGGAGAGUAAAAUUUCUAGGCAUGAUGUUUUGUUAAGGCAAGGAAAUGCUGCACGCUGUACCUUGUUGCCUGGUUGUACCCUGCUCCUCUUUAUUUGACGUUUCAGCUCCCACAAGCAAUUUGGACUCUGCUAUGGUUUAAAUUUUUAGUCAUUUUUUUGUUCUUGGUGUUUGUAAUCUUCUCGCUUCUCAGUAAAACGAUGAAUAAAAUUAUAAUUUGUCUGAGGUGUUCCUGCACGGUAUAGGGAGGAAACGUUUUUAAGAUAUUAAAAUGUUUGGCAAUGUCAACUGAGACAACAUAGUUUUUGACUUCUCGUUUUUCAAGGCAACCGUAGCACAAGUUUCUUAGAAUAAAGUUCUUGGUAAAGACUAAGAAAAUAUUAUUUAUUGGUGGUUUCAUGCAUAUAAGAAGCACAUUCCCUGGAUUAAUUUUUUAUUUUUUCACAUUAUUAACACAUGGCCAAUGAAGAUGCUGCAACAGAGUAAAUAAGAUUUAAAUGUGCAGAGCAAAUUAGGGGAAUGAUUGUUGAAUAGCAUUAUAUUUUUAACAAACAAUCCUUUUUUUGAUCAGGAUGAUGAUUGGGAGGCAAGAGCACUUAAUUUGGAUGAUGUCUUUUCUAAAUAUUUAGAGACUUGUAAUGAUGUUUACAACAAUGUUGACGUCCGGAAGGAUCAGGAACCCCAGGCAGACGGCACAGGGGAAGGAAAUGGAUAUAAUGAUUCUGCAGCCUCUCAGGAAAAUGUGAGAAAGAAAAAAAACGAGCGAUAAAAAUGAUAUUGACCUUGCAGUCAUGGGUUCUGUAAAAACUUCUGAGGAUGUGCAGACACAGAAUAUUGAAACAAGUGCGAAGUCAAAAGAGGAGAAAAACAAAAGGACAGCCGAUACUCUUGUUCAAAGUGACCACGAAUUAUUAACCUCGAAGCAAGUUACUGAUGGUGAAAUACCAGUGCACCAGUCCACUAGGAAACAGAAAGAGAAGAAAAUAAAGAAAAGUUAGUUAACUUCUGAAUUACUUAUUGUUGAUGAAAAACGACUAGAGAUAAUGCCGGAGGUAACUGAAGAGAAAAGCAAAGAUUUAAAUGAUGGUAAUGAUGAUCCUGCUGCCCUAGUUGAAUCUAAAGAUAAAAAGAAGAGAAAAAAGCUGAAGAGGGAUAGUCUUUUUGAAGAUGGUGAGAAGGGUAGCUUGAGAAAUAAGAGUAAAGUUGAUGCUGAUAAAGUUGUUAGUGACAUUCUAUUGGAAGAGGAUAAAGUUCAAGAUAUAGAAAAGAAGAGAAAAGAAGAAACUAUGGAGAAAUCAGUCGAGAAUGUGGAAGAUGGGGCUAAUGAAUAUAAGAGGGCUUCCAAGAAAAGGAAACGAUUGGCGCAUGAUGAAGAUGGGAAACAUCCUGUUGAGGAAGUAGCAGUUGAAGAAUCGAAGCGCAGAAAAACUGAUGGGCGGGACGAAGCCAAGGGCGUUGAGCAGCAAGUGAAUGGUAGUCUCAAUGGAGUGGAAAAGUCCAGUCAACCAAAAUCCACGAGAAAACAAAUAAAUAGUUCUGCUGAGCCAAAAAUGGUGAAUGCAUUUCAAAGGGUUAAAGUUGAUGAUGUGAAGUUUGUUGAUGAGAGGCUUCAAGAUAAUUCGUACUUGGCAAAGGAUGGAGCCGAAACUGGCUAUGGAGCAAAAGCACAAGAAAUUUUGGGUUUGGUCAGAGGAAGGGACUUCCGGCAUGAAAAAACUAAGAAGAAGCGUGGUAGCUAUAGAGGAGGACAGAUUGACCUGCAAUCUCACUCGAUUAAGUUCAAUUAUUCUGAUGAGGAUUAACAUAUGAACAUUUCUUAUCUACUGCAUACUCUCUCUAUAUUCUUUCAACAUAGAUACAUUAAUAUGGUCGUCGUUGCAUUAAAGAUCCAAACUUUCUUCAAAAUUUGAGUUAAUUCAAAAUAUGUAUUGUUGUACUCU